GCCCGCGUGGUGAUGAUGGCGGUGCGUGCACGCGCGGCAGCAGUAAUGGCUGCUCUGGAUCGGCGGGUUCCGAGCCUCGAUGAAUUUGCGGGCCAGAGCUGGAGCUCCUGGGUUGAAAGAGCUGACAUUUCUGUAGCGGAUGGCACUGAAGCAGAAGAGUGUCACAGAAAUGAGAAGAAAAAAGAGGAAGCAAUGACACUGAUUAAAGAGGACAUGGCCAUCUUCGGACACUGCCCUGCACAUGAUGAUUUUUUCCUGGUUGUGUGUAACCACUGCAGUCAAGUGGUAAAACCGCAGGCCUUCGAGAAGCAUUGUGAGCGGAGACAUGGCCCUCUAAGUAAGCUGUAUGCCCGUCUGCACCCCGCAGCUGGUUCAUCCCCACCUACACCUUUACAGAAAAGCCGAUCAGGGAAUUCUCAGUCUACAUGCACGGCUUCUAAAGCAUCCCGGGAGAGACAGCAAGCCCAGUCGCAACAGAAGUCCACCAAAGGACAAAAAGACAGCCUGUGUCUGUUUGUUCCGGUUGUCAAUUUGGAAAAGAUGCCACCUAUCACCCAACCGGAAAGUACAGGUGUUAAGAUGGGGACUCAGGCUAACGCCGCGUCUCUGACAACAGAUUCCCACUCUCCUGCCUUUCGAGACAGUCCGACCUCUGGAGCCAGUAGACCACAUGGGUCUACCCCACCCAAGGGACAUGUAGGGAAAGGGUGCACUGACGCCUAUCACUCAGAGAAACCUCAGAGCAGGAAAGGAGAUAUGGUUACAGCAAAAACACCUGAAUCUCACAGUGGACACCGAACGUAUAAAAAAAUCUCCAAGAAAGAGUGUGACUUGGAUAAACACUGUGGAGUCAUGGACCCAGAGAAGAAGAAAGUUUGUACCAGACUGCUGACUUGCAAGAUUCACUCAAUACAUCAGCGACGAGAGGUUGCAGGCCGAACAAAAGAUUUUGACCAGCUAGUGGCUGAGUUGAAGGCAGGUGCUAAGGCGAGAGAAACUUCAACAACAAAAGACAAGAGCAACCAGAUGUCCAGAGAUGGAUGUGUAAACCGUGCACCCAGUCGAGAUGGUAGUCCAGAGACACCAGUUGCUCCUAUAAAGACUCCACACUGUAGACGAAGGCUGACCAACUGCAUGGCCCUGAGAUCUAGGGCAUCUUCUGAAAGUGACCAAGAGCAAAGAGGUGAAGAUUCCAAUGCCCGACCAGUAUACCCCUUCCUCAUGCCAUGUGUUAACAGCCGUCUGUCAAGUGAGGAAAGUGAUGGACAAGAGGAAGAAAUGGACAAGCCUGACUGGCAUUACUCUUCACGGCACCCUACACCACAGGCGAUGUGCACAUUUGGCAGCCGUGCCCUCGGCAGAGGCUGCUUUGUUUUUGAUCGACGUCUCGACCGUGUCCGCUCAGCACUUUGUGCAAUGAUGGAGCCCCACAUCAACUCCCACAUGUGGAAGAAAAUACCUCAAGUAAGUGACCUCCAAUCACAACGUACCUCUGCUCCUGCUGUUUCAAUGCCAUCCUCCUCCCAGCAUUCUGCAGUGACUAUUGCCAGUCUUCCAGCCGCCUCUGCAUUAAGGACUUCUCCUUCUUGUUUUACCUCGUCGGCGGUUGCUAAGGAAUCUCGAUCACAGCACUGCACAGCAGCAUCUCCCAACCCAGGAACAGCUUGCGGGCUUUCUGACUCAGCGGGUGGUAACAGCCAGUCAAUUAUGUCCCCAAUGCCUGCCAACACCCCUUCUCCUUCAUCUUUGAGCAGAGCAUCGACACCGGUUGCAAAAGGCAGCAGAUCAACAAAAUUAAAAUGGACGUUAAUGUCAGAACAAAACACAGCUUCAAGAAAGAGAAAAAAGCCUCCUCCUGGAGAAACAAAUGCAAGUUCUCACAAAAAGAACUGCCUGGUUCAGGAUGGAGGCCGCUCAUCUGUUUCUGGAACCUCUGAACAACCACAGAAAAGUGCCCCUUCACCUCAUGGCCCCCUCAAUGGUGCCCUUUCUCCUGGAAACAAGCAGCGGCAUCACUCUUCUCCUGUGCGAAGUUCCCUGAGCCCUGGUCUUGUCAAACGGAACCCUCAUCAUUAUUUAGACUCAAGCCCUGUUAGGACACCUCAUUCUUCAGAUUCAGGCUUUAGAUCCAAGCCAGUCAACAGUAACAGUAGCAGCAAUUCCAGUGGCAAAAGCUUGAACUGUGACCCAAAGGGUUUUGGGAAAAAACAAAAGAAUGGACCCCCACCUCCUGAGCACAAACCUGCCAAACCAAAUCGCUCUUCCACCAACUCUGACUCCAGUUUUCUCCACAAGAAAAGAGAUCGCAAAGGUGUCAUCUCCACUGGGCUGGAGAAAAAACUUGGUGUACAGAAGUCGAAGCUUCAUCACUGACAGAGUGCCUGCCUUUAAUGGCAUCGGGAAUAAAGAGGAAACCUUGAAAGAUCCAUUUCCACGGACUGAUGGGAUGAAACACUGGAAUGUGUGUGUGAGUGUGUGCGAGAGUGUGAAUGUGUUCGAGCACGCCAGAAUGCGAUCACAUGUGUAUAAAUAUAGAAAUACCUCAAGACUUUUACCUGCUAUGCUGCUACAAUGAAACUAUAUUGAAUUGAAGAGAAACGGGAGGGGUUGCAGGGCAAAAAUGGAUUAAAACAUCUAAAAUGACCCGUAAACCUGGUUUUGUAUUCAUAAAAAGAUGCUGAUUUGUACCCUAACUUGAAACUUUUGUGUUCCUCAUUUUCUACCUUAAAACACUCAUACUUUGAGAUUGAUCUUUGUUCUUCAUCAGUUUUGGAGCAUCAACACAUAUUUGUACGAAAGGAACUAAUUGGGUCUUGAUGUCCUUGGGUGUAUUAUUAUGAAUAAUGUAAUUGAAUGUUUAAUCAUAUAAAAUAUGCAACACUUCACCUGAAAAUUAACAAAGGCUCAUGCAGUAUAGCACAACACUCACACUUAGUAAAACUUCCUGCAUUUGCACAUAAAAUAGUGUAUGCCCUACUUAUAAAUUCUCUUUUGGUUCCAUUCACCUCCUGUCACCUUUGUUUGCCUUUAUUUGUAAAUUACAAGCACAAUUCUAAAAUGGGUUCACAUUAGCAUCUCAGCCAAGCCAUCAAUCCGUUGAAUGCUUAAGUGACUGUCCUCCAAUGUUGAGUACUGAAACCACCCUUGGAGAAUGGUUAGCAAAUUUCAAAUAUUUUGCUUUAUUUUUGCACAGUAAGGCUUUCUUUCUCAGUUUAUUAUGUGGUUUCUACUUAACCUAAUUCAACUUACAGUUCUGGAACCUAUGCCAGCAACCUCAGGUGGAAGGCAGGAACUAGUGCAAGAUGGGACUCUUGUCUGUCUUGGGGCCCACUCACAUAGGGUCACUAAAUCAACCUGCAUGGUUUUUGAAAUACUGGACUACAAUCCAUGUAGACAUGGGUAUAAUGUGCAAAUGUGACAUAGAUGAUGACUUGGUUCAAUAUUUGAGUUUUCAGCAUCCUUGAGACAGCAGCACUAUCCUCUGUGCCACUCUACUGCCCUUCACUAGUUUGUGUUUGAAUAAGUAUAGCGGCCUAUUGUUCAAUGAUGUCAGUAUUAGUUGCGUCUUCUCUGGGGUCAAAAUGCUGCAUCAGGCUUGGAUUGUUUAUGCGGUAUAUAAUGAUUGGUUGAUUCCAUGCCAAUCAGAGUUGAUGCAUACUUUGUGUAAGCUGUUGCUUAUUGUUAUGGCAAUUUAAAUAUUUAAUGUACCUAUAAUUCUAAAGAAACUCCUGGCCUCAGACCUCGCCCUCCUCUCCUCAUUUCUUAUAUUAACUUUAUAGAACAUCACUAAUAUCCACUUCAGUUACCUAAAGCAGGUGUAGUGGAUAGGAGAGUAUAUUUUUAUGUAAAAACCAUUGCAACUGGGAUGGGAGGUCAUUUUUAAUGUAGAAUAUCAUACUGACCUUGCAGAUACAAUCUGUGUACGUGACAGUAAUGACCCUAUAAACCUCUAACAGGUGUAGUAUAGAUAAAGUGAGCUGAGAAGCACGUUCUGCUCUGUCUGCACAACAUUGCAGAAAAUGCCAGUGCCUAAUGCAGACAGUUCACUAGCUAUUUAAAGUCCCAUCUGCUUUUUAAAUUGUAAGCAACCCACCAUAUAUGGGGCGUGUAACAUCUCUGUGUAGACAGUAAUGCCAUUCUUAGCUACACAAGAAUUUGUGGCAAAGAUAUAACAAAAAAAAAAAAAACACCAGAAAUGGUGUCAGGCCCUGGAUCUGUGAAAUGUUAUUCUAGUAAAUAAGCUGUUAUUUAUACUUGUCCAGUUAUAAAUUAAGAAAUACAGUUAACAAAUCUGCAGCAGCAUGUCAUUUUUUCUAUCUUCUUAUAGACAUGGAAGAUUCCACUAUUUUUUCUGUUUUCAGAUUCAUCCAUGCCCCGUUUUAGUCUAACAGUGCCUUCUGUGUAUGUUCUGGCUCAAGAGAAAGCCAGCUAACUUUGGCUAAUCAGCUCAGGUAUAUCCAGGAUGGAUAUUUCAAAGGGUCUGUAAGGUGUCAAGAAACGUUUACAGUGUAAUUAACAUCAUGUUGUUUGAGAAAGGUUUUGUUAGUUGGCCUCAUCAAUUUUGCUUCCAUAGUUAUAUUAUGGACAUUGUGAGUGCUAAAGGCCAAUCUUACAUUUUUUAAUGUAAUAUAUAUGUGUUAUCCAUUCCUGAUUAUUAAAUAAUCAUUUGUUUACAUGGGUGCACUACAGUAAUUGCAGAACUAAGGGGCAUUUAUUUUUUGACCGACUGGUUUACAAAGCAGAUUUAUUUUGAGUGCUAUUUAUAAAAUAUGGUUAUUUUUAGCCUUCGGUGAAGGAAGAUCGAUAUUCUCUAAAUAUGGUACACCAUAAUAUCUUCUGGAAAUGAGUUGUCAUUUUCACUACACAAUUUAUGUAGCCUUACAAUGAUCAUCAGCCACCAUGAAAUAGGUAGCCUGCUUAGAAGUGGCCUGCU